UCGAAAAGUGACGUGGGGCUGCUCUUAUCUGCAAAGCGGAAAAAAGGACUUUACAUCGACGGCGGGCUGAGAUCUGUAGGUGAAAAAUGCCUCCCAAAACCAUCAAAAAGGCGAUAAAAAACUGCCUGGAGAACCUGAGAGAGAAGGACUUUAAGAAGUUCUGCGAUGCGCUCAUCGCCGAUGCUGGGAUCGCAACCAGCAGGGUGGAGGGAAAAGACUUUCUGGAUGUCACAAACGUUGUAGUCACAAACUUUGGUGAGGCCAAAGCUCUCGACAUGGUUAUUGACCUGCUGGAAGAUAAUGGCUGCAAGGAGCAAGCAGACGCCCUCGUUGCAGAGACGAAGGAACUGACCUCAAAAGCUGGUUCCAGUAAAUUUGCAGAGACGAAGGAACUGACCUCAAAAGCUGGUUCCAGUAAAUCUGCAGGAGCCUCAACUGGAACAGACCGUGUGACUCCCAAGGCAGACGGAGAGCGCUUUGUGGAUAGGUACAGAGAAGACCUGAUCCAGAGGGUGAAAACUAUUCCACAAAUCUUGGAUCAGCUCCUCACCAAGAAAGUCAUCGACCAGGAGACUUAUGAUAAAAUCAGAGUUAUGCGACCCCCUCAGGAGCAGAUGAGGGAGAUCUACAAGUCCCUGAAUGCUCGAGCCUGCAAAGACAUCUUCUACGAAAUCCUUGAGGAAAAGGAGAAAUGGCUCAUUGAGGACCUCAAGAAAAAUUAGUGAAUAUGGUGAGGGAAUGGAUUUUUGGACCAAAUAUACAGUCUACCUGAACACAACAUGUCUUUAAACACAACAAUGUCACACGUUAUGUUAAUGCUGUGAUUGUGGGGGUUUUCUUUACAAAAAUUGUAAAUUUUUUCACUGAGCUGGGCCCCUUAAUUUUACUGUUAAAUUAGCUAAAAUGUAUAUAGGUGAUGUUCAUUAAACUACUUCAUCUUGAUGAGUAAGGUUUAAAACCAGAAUGAGAACAUGUAAUUAAUUAUGUCAGAGACGACUGAAGCAUCUCACCAAAACUGUCAUGUUUUUUUUUAUCAAAGUAACACAUGAAAUUAGUGUUUUUAGCCACUUUCAUGAUGCCAGUAAUGCAAAAAAAGAUUGUUUUUAUCUUGUAUAAUUACUUUUAUGCUGCCCGAGAAAAAAAAGUUUACUUUUGGUUGGUUGUUCAAAAUGUUGUCUACUUUUCAAAUUUGAAAUAAAAUGCGUGGCUUUUGAAUUUUGA